AUGUUUCCCCGCAGCAAUCGCCCGAGACUCAUCAGUCAACAGACAACCAGCAACGAACAACCUCUUCAACCACCAGCUUCGGCAGCCCGCGAACCGGAACCCGUCGAAAACCAACCUGUGCCAUCUACCCCCGACCCCAACCGAGUGAGACAAUACGGCUACUACGAGGACACGCAUUGGUAUUGCAACUGUAAACCCCUCACCAGAGCAGUCUUCCGUCACACCAAGAAAGCGGGUCGCAAUCAGGGCCGUUGCUUCUGGGGGUGUCGUCAUAUCGAAAACGGUUGCGGGUUCUUCCUCUGGCUUGAGGACGCGGAGGAGAGACAGGCGGCGUUCGUCCCAAACAGCGAGAUGUCCGCGAAAAAGCGCGGCCAGGAAAGCCUUCACAAGUACUUCGAGAUCCGUCCCAGGGAUGGUGAGUCGCCGCAGCCGCCGGAGACACCUACUCGACGACCACCCAGCGAAGGCGAAACCGGGGAUAGUCUCGCCUCAGUGGAUAGCCUUGGUGAGCCUGAAGGUGAUCUGGAAGAAGUGCAGCUAGUGGAGAGGCCAUCUACACCACCGCCCCGUGAGCCCCGACCCCAACCCGAGAUGCCGAUGACUCCGGUAACGGCGCCGGUCCCCAUCACGCCUCACAGCAAGAGAAGACGCGAUGAGGCGCUCGAAGAUGAAGACUAUCUAUCAGAGCUAUCUCCCGAAGAAGAGAAGGAGCUCAUCACUCUCGCUGAUAGCGCCACUCGCCGAUCCAACAUGUCACCGCCACGCAGACCGACCACGCCUACCCCCGUUCGAACCCGCCCAGUCGCCAACCCCCCUACGCCCCAGACCGAGCAUAGACACGCCAACCCCAGCGCCAGUACCGCCGGCUCCCUGGCGGCAAAACGCCAGAGGGUCCUUGGAGCCUCGUCCGCAGCCGCCUCUAGCUCUCGUUUCCAGGCCCCGCCCCGCUUCAAUAAUCCCACGGCCCCUGCCCAAAACACGGAUGACUUUCUCUCGGCGAACGACGCGACCGAGAUUGCCGACCUCAUGGCGCUUCUCGAGGCGCACAACUCUCCGCCGGAAGUCUGCCAGGCGGUGCGCACCUCACUAAACAGGUUCGCCGCGAGGACCGCGUCAGCCAACAACAGUAGGGACUUACUUCGCGCGGGAAUGGAAAGGAGCCAGGAGAGGAUCGCGGCGCUGCAGGCGAGGGUGGCUGAUUUGGAGAAUACACACGCGACCUUGAGGGGGCUGCUUGCUGUGGUUAGGGACACGUGA